CCAACUGCGAGAGUUAAAUCGACAGAAGAAGAUAAAAAUAUGGCAGCGUAAGACAGUGUCUUAUUGAUCGGUGUUUCGAUCCCCUCCCGAGAGGUUUACAAGUCAUAUUUAUAGGCUAAGGAACUAGUGUUUCAAAAGGAAACUGAUACAAUAAAUGCUAUUAAUUACAUAUUAGUUCGAAUAGGACUCUUGUAACGUCUUGGCCAUUGCGCAAUGAUUGUUCUUUAAUUCCCACAUUCCUGCCGUUAACUCCUGUCAGCUGUCGUUCUAAUGAUAGUGUGCCACGUCAGCCCUAGGAAUCCUCCGGCCUCACUAGAACUCCACCCAGGCUCAAGGUCUGCUUUCCAUCCUGGCCUGGUUGUGGGUUCCUCUCGUGGGCUUGAUUCCUAGUUAGGCCCAGUGGUUAUCUAACAUUAAUCCCAUUUAAGGGCUCUGUCCCGUCGUGGGCUUAUUCUGUCAAUUAGGCUAACCCCAUGGAGGGUUGAUCCUGUUAUGGGCUGGAUUAUGUAAUUGGACCAUGGUCAGAGUCCAUGGUACCAUCACGAGCCCCCUACUCUUUAAAAUCAGCGAGGCUGAAUUUUAGGAGAGUAAUUUGGAGCGAACAAUUUCAAAUUUGGAAUCUCUUGGGCGAAUCGUAGCGCCCCUUGCAUUAAAUGUGCCCGACUUGACAUAGGCCUGCAACCCAGAACAGUUCCCGAUCCGACUUACUAUUUUCAGCACUCGAGUGUUAUCGUUGCUGUUCUCAAGCGGUUUUCAAGCCCUAAUUUCUUGGCUAUUGAAACGCUUAUCAUUCUUCAUUACGCUCUUUCGCAAUCUUCCCUCUUGCAUUGGCAUUCGUCUUCUUGGUUGGGAGCUUUAGGCCGUGAAACCCUUUUCCUCCGUAUUCAAGCCUCAUCAGGUUAGUUUCCCUGAUGUCUUCUUCGAGGUAUGUUCCUCUGCAUCAUGUAUCCCCUGAGGCAGGGGCCAUCUCCAACCGGCCUCGCAUUCCGGUGGACCCGGAUGGGAGGGAAACUCACUUCUUCCUCUCCUGCGAGUACGUCCGGCAGGUUCUGGCCGUCGCUUUGUCCGACGCUGAAUUUGGCGAGGUGGUGACUCUCGCGGGCCCUAGCGUUGUAUGCUCCCGCCCAACUCCUGGGCAAAAUAUUGUAGAUCCCCCUUCCCCUCUUCAUUUUGAGGUACAUCUGGCUAGUUUGCAAAUAGGCCUUCGAUUCCCUCUUCAUACUGCCCAUCUGAGCCUUAUGGGCUAUUAUGGCGUGAUUCCUGGUCAGUUUUCCCCAACCACCCAUAUGUUCAUAGCUGGGUUCUUUGCUCGAUGCCUGCAUUUAGGUGUUCGCCCUUUCAUUGAUAUCUUCCUCCAUUUCGAUUCUUUCACUCUGUGCGACCUGGUGGUUCUGAGUCCCCGGGAUACCUCUCGAUAUCUCAACGGGCCGGCCACCGUUUAUUUGAAGUCAAAUCUUACCCCGACUCUUUCAAGGGUUGAAGGCAGAAAUGGGUAUGGGUCACCCCUGCGGAUGGGAGGUUGCAGUUUGAGAACAGGUGGGGAGAGAUAAUUCAGAAAUGGGCCAUGCCUUUUCUGUCAGAGGGCAAUGCGGAGACCGCCAAGCUGAUUGUUGAGGGUGCACCAUUUCUGAUGGGCCAUUACGUAGGUGAGGACAGGGUGGUUGUACUUACCUUUUCGUCAGGUCGGGUUUGUCUGAGUUGGCGUUCCUUUAAAUUAUUAUCUUCUGAUGAAUGCCUUUUUCCUGACUCGAUUUGUGCUUGUUACAGCGGGUGAUAAGAUGACCUCCCGGUUGGAAUGACUCGCGGCGAAGGCUGGCGUCACUCCCGAUCCCUUAGUUUCUGCCAGGAAAAUCCAGACCCCUCUUGAUUUUAUAUGCAUUGAAUAUACUGUAUAUGUUAAAGAUCAGAGAGGGUUUUUCUUACAUGCAACCUACUCUUUUGAUCAAAUUUAUAGGCUUAUAGCACACAGCUAGCCACCACUCUUGAUUAUUGAUCAGCUAGCUAGCCACCACUCUUGAUUAUUGAUCAGCUAGCCAUCAAAGUUUGCCUCCUAAACCUUGAACGGGACGUCAACC